AUGGGGAGAGCAGUCGUUCUUAAUCGUCAAACAAAAUCUGCUACUGGAGCUGUUUCAGUUACACUACAGAAUCCCCUCUCGUACAUGAUGGGUCGCUAUUCAAAUGUCACGCUUGAUUACGGUGUUGCAAAGUUCGAGUUUCCUAUAUCAUCAGAACCUGUUCUUGGAACACAUCGAGUGUGUGCUACCUAUGAGGGUUUGCCAAAAGGGCAACGAUCAUGUUUUGAGUUUGAAGUUCAGCGCUAUGUUCUUCCCAAAUUCUCAUGUACCAUCACUCCUACUGAUGAGGCCCUCUCCUGCUCCCCAAAAUCUGUCUGCUUUUCGGUAUCAGCAAAAUAUACGUAUGGGCAAAGAGUUCAGGGAACUCUAUCAGCGUCAGCGGUGCUUAGUCGCAAGGCAUGGCGAUGCCAUCGCAGAGAGAUCGAGCUGAAGAAGAUUUCUGGAACAACUUCUAUGUGCCUUCGCGUCUGCUCUAACUAUUAUUUCUGUGACGGAGACGUAGUAAUCGAUGUCAACGUGACUGAUUCCUCGUCUCAAACAACCGUCCAUUGCAAAGGAAAGACCAGUGUUCCUGUCAGAAUUAAUGUCCAUCAACUCACAAUUAUUGAUGAUGACGACAGUUUCCAUGCUUGUCAUGCUACAGUUGUAAAGGUUGCUGCUUCAACUUUGUCUGGAAAUCCGAAAGCUGCAAAUAUUAGCCUAGAUGUCAGCACGUAUGCAAAGAACAAAGCAUCGUGCAUGGCAACCAGACCACGGUCAUUACAAAGUCAAUACCAAGUUACUGACCACAGAGGAAUAGCGACAUUCUCUGUUUGUAUGCCUUGCAACGCGCUGAGAGCCAUCUUUCGUGCGUCCGUAGUGUCCUACCAAGCGAGUCAGUUUCCUACCGCAUACAGCUUUCGAAGAUUAAUAUAUUCUCCAGAAAGAAUUGUUUUAUCUAGCAAGAAACAGAAACUGCUGAUUGGUGAAACAGCAAAUAUUACUGCUUCAUUUUCUAAUGCAGCAGUAGCGGAUUAUUACGUUGUUGACGGUGGACAGAUUAUUGACAACGGCCGUUGCUCACCAAACAGCGACAGAAAAGCUCGCAAAAGGCACAAACAGUUGUGCAAAAUGGGUAGAGUUAGAAGAACUUGCUAUAUCUCAUUUGUUGUCACGUCAUCAAUGGCUCCCAAGUUUACUUUGAUUGUUAGUCAGAAAACACUCGGUGCUUCACGCAUUGAGUUUGAAGUCAUUCAGAGUCACAGUACUGACUCUUCGAUAUCGCUAGAAUUCCAGCAUAAACAAGUAAAGCCUGGAGAGAAAACUAAUCUGCUGAUUAAAGCACCACCAAUGUCAUACGUGGGCGUGGUAGCAGUAGAUCAAAGCGUGUACAUUCAACAGAAUAAAAAUCAACUAACCCCUUCCAAAUUGUAUCAAGAAUUAGACAUGUUUGAUGAGCACAAGCAAUUCCCCGUUGAGUCAUACUUUUAUCGUAUUGUUUACGAACAGUCAUCUGGAAUUCAACUAUCUGAUCGUGAAACGGAACCUCCAAAGACUUGCCAGAAACCAAAUCCUCCACCUAAGCCUGACGUUACCUACAACUGUUGUUAUAAUUGGUCCGAUUACGUUGUUGCUGCUCUAGCAACUCCAUCUGCUGUGAACACAAUUGAGACCGGUAGUGAAAGCGAUAAUGUGGUAAGUCCGUCUCGUGUGCGAACACACUUUCCUGAAACUUGGUUGUGGUUUGACCGAAAAAAUAGAAACAGCACACUAAAUGAAGAAGUUGUUGUUCCCGAUACGAUCACGUCUUGGGUAGCAGAUGCCUUUGCUGUAUCUCCGUUACACUCGAUGUCCAUCGCAAGACCAGCGACUCUGACAGUCUUCAAGCCAUUCUUCGUCACUAUCAAUCUGCCCUAUUCGGUCAUAAGGGGAGAGCUAGUAGAGAUUACGCUCACCGUCUACAACUAUCUUCAAACCAUGCUAACCGCCUCUGUGGACGUACAUGUAGAUAUCAAUGACGCACGACUAGUGCUAGGAAAGCGAGACAAAACUCCGUUGAAUCAGCGAACAAGGACACUUGACGUUGUGCCAGGAAACGGAGAAGUGAUAUCAUAUUUUCUUUUGCCGCUGAGAAAUGGCCAUCUGCCAAUAACAGCAACAGCCAGAUCGACGUUAGGAGCUGACAGCCUGAUAAGAAACCUACUUGUCGAACCUGAAGGCGUUAAAGAAGAGUAUAGCCAGUCAUCACUUUUGUGUUUGCAAGAUAAUGAUGAUGAUAAUUCCACAUCUAAACUUCGUUCUGACGAUAACAAUCAUCGUAUCACAUACGUCUUCAACGCAUCACUACCACCCGAGUUUGUUCCCGACUCAGAGAGAGCAUUUAUCUCUAUAACAGGAAAUUACAUGGGAUCGACAAUCGACGGUUUGGAAAAUUUGCUGCGAUUACCAACCGGCUGUGGAGAACAGAACAUGCUCAAUUUUGCUCCUGCCGUCUACAUCGCACGGUACCUCGACACAGUCGGCAAACUCGAUAAUGCAACCCGAAAGAAAGCACUUCGCUUCAUGCAAACAGGAUAUCAGAGAGAAAUGACCUAUCAACGAGAAGAUGGAUCCUACAGCGCUUUUGGAAACAGAGAUCGCUGCGGCAGCAUGUGGUUGACGGCUUUUGUAUUGAGAUCAUUCGGUCAAGCAGACGGUGUACUUGGAAUGUCAAUCGAUGAAAGAGUUCAGAACGAGGCUGUUCAAUUUGUCAAAAAACACCAAAACGCAGAUGGCUCCUUUCCUUCUAUUUGCAGUCCAAUAGACAAAGAAAUGCAAGGAUGCAGCGGUGGUCGCUGCUCGCUGACAGCUUACGUCACAUUAGCUCUACUGGAAGCAGGAAUAUCUCCAAAAGACGAAAGUAUCAAAUUGGCUCUUGAUUAUCUAUCAAACAGAUGCAUAGCCAAGGGCUGUAGCAGCCCGUACAAUCUCGCUCUAAUUGCUUUCACACUGUCUAGAGCUGACAAAGAAACAGAGAAUGCUUUCAAGGCUCUUAGAAAAUGUGCCGUUAUAGAAGGUAAUCACACUCACUGGCAGUAUUCGAAUGAAAGAAAAUGCCGCAACACACGGCCGUGGUCUUAUUACUGCCGGACACGUUCGUGUGACGUCGAAACUACCGCCUACGCAUUAUUGGCAUUUACUAAUCGAGGAAACAUUGCUUACAGCUUCCCAAUAGUCCGUUGGUUGAUCGAACAACGUAAUCUUCGAGGAGGAUUCAAGUCUACUCAGGACACAGUAGUUGCUCUUCACGCUCUCUCUGAGUACGCUAAAUUGACCAAGUCUGAUGGGCGUGUCGUUGCGGAGGUAUCAAUAAAUGCUAAUCAAACCACACAGACGGUAUCACUUGACUCGUCAAAUGCUAUGCUAGUGCAAACAAUCACACUGCCAAGCCUGCCAACACUGGUUAAUGUUAACGCAAAUGGCAAAGGUUGCAUUUUGGCAGCGGUUGGUGUAAAGUACAAUGUUCCCAAACCUGACAAGACUAGAGCCUUUCAGGUUUUUGCCAAAAGUCUAUUACAGAGAGAUUCAUGCAAGUAUUUGGUAAGGGUUUGCAACAGAUGGCUUCAAACGAAUCCGGAAACUUCAAAUAUGGCCAUAACUGAAAUCACUUUCUUUUCAGGUUUUCAACCUAUUCAAAGUGAAUUGAAGCAGCUUGAACAAAGUAACCGUUGUAACAUCAAGAGAACCGAUUUCAAAGGUCGCGCUCUCAGCGUAUACUUCGAAGAGGUUACACAAACACGUUGUUGCUUUGAUGUAACAAUGAAAAGGGCUUCGGUUGUGGAAGAUCUUCAAGGCGUUCCUGUCAUUACAUACAACUACUAUGAGCCUGACGAGAGAGGAGGAACAAUGCUGUAUCCUCACCGAGAAUGCCCCUGAAGGAAAAACGUUCUCUUGUUGAACUCACUGUGUCUGUCGCUUGUGCAAGAACUGUGACGUUUUGUUCGAAAGAGAUACUAAAUCUCAAUUAUUGAAAAAUAAAUACAAAAAUUGCUGCU